GGUGAACAGGCAUGCGGCGAGACGGAUGUUGUCGUUUUUGCAAGGGCCGGAAUAGGCAAGAUGGCGUCGAGUGGCGGCGAACUUGGAGGUGUAUUUGAUCACCACGUUCAGAGGGCUGUAUGCGACACGCGGGCCAAGUAUCGGGAGGGGCGGCGGCCUCGUGCUGUCAGGGUAUAUACAAUCAAUUUGGAAUCUCGGUACUUGUUAAUACAAGGAGUUCCUGCAGUGGGAGCAAUGAAGGAAUUAGUUGAGCGAUUUGCUCUAUAUGGUGCAAUUGAACAGUAUAAUCCUCUAGAUGAAUACCCAGCAGAAGACUUUACAGAAGUUUAUCUUAUCAAAUUUAUGAACUUACAAAGUGCAAGGACAGCCAAGAGAAAAAUGGAUGAACAGAGCUUCUUUGGUGGAUUGCUUCAUGUGUGCUAUGCUCCAGAAUUUGAAACAGUUGAAGAAACUAGAAAAAAAUUACAGGAGAGAAAGGCUUAUAUAACAAGAACUACUAAAAAUAAAGAUCAUUACAUGACGAAGAAGAAACUGGUUACAGAGCUUAAAGACACAAAAGAUUUUAGACAGGACUUCCACUCAAGGACAUCUGGACCUUGUGCAGCCACACUGAACACUUCUACUGGCAACUCCGAUCCUUGUCUUCCUUAUUCUUGUGAAUUGCCUUUAUGUUAUUUUUCCUCAAAAUGUCCGUGUUCGUCAGGGGAACAUAUGGGCUGGGCAUCGGACUCCUCUUGGAGUGGUAGAAACCGUGCUGGAACAGUGGAGCAUUGUAUGCACAAUGACUCUUCACAGAAGAUACAAAUGAAACCUUUUAAAAAUUCAUUGGCCUGCCCUGGUGCACAGAAGGCUACUACUUCUUCAGAGGCAGUUGACAGAUUUAUGCCUAGGACGACACAGCUGCAGGAGCGGAAAAGAAGAAGAGAAGAUGAUCGUAAAGUUGGAACUUUUCUCGGAACAAGUACGAGUAGCAAUGAGGUUAUGAUUGGGCCUAUGUUACCUCACAUACCUAAAGUGGACAUGCAUGACGACUCAUUGAAUACAACAGCGAAUUUAAUUCGGAAUAAACUUCAAGAGGUCAUUUCAUCUGUGCCCAAACCUCCAGAAGACAAGCUGGAAGAUGUGUGUACAAGUCGUUCAUUAAAGCAAAGAAGAAGAAUAUAGACUGCUGGCAGCCAAUUAUGUUUCUGUGGGACUAUUAACUUUUUACUUUUGGCCUGUCACUUUAAUUGUUGAAAAGAUUGUACUGCUAGUAUUUUUUAAUGCACUUCUCUUUAUAAUAUCAUUCAAGCUACUUAUCUAAUAAAAUUUCAUCUUUUAAAGUUAGGUUGUUACAGACAAAGUACAUGCCAGCCAAAUAUGUUCCUUAAAAAAACAAAACUAAACUUUUCCAGGAGCUCCACCCAGUGGCUUUGGUUGCAUCCUAUUGGCUAGAAGUGGGCUCCUGGCCAUUCCUAACUCGGGAGGUCUGGCAUGAUAAAUGUUUUGGUUUCCAGCUUCUGUGGAUGAGGAAGAAAGAGAAAAGAGGAUUGUGAAAGGAUUAUUCACAGUAUUUGCCACAAGAACCAAGCUUGUUGGCUAACUUAAAAGAAGAAAAUUAGUUUAUCAUUACUUAUUAUAGGUGUUAUUUUGAUCAUACUUAAUAUUACAGAAACUGAGGCUACCUGGGCAGCUCAGCUGAUUAAGGGUCUGCAUUUUGCCCAGGUCAUGAUCUCGGGGUCCCAGGAUUGAGUCCCACAUCGGGCUCCCUGCUCAGUGGGGAGCCUGCUUCUCCCUCUGCCUGCCGCUGCCCCUGCCUGUGCUCUUUCUUUCUGACAAAUAAAUCUUAAAAAAAAAAAAAAUUACAGGAACCAUUCUUUUAGUAUUACUUCCCACGUGGCAGUAGUUCUAUGUAAAUGAAGUGAAAGAUAAAAACUUUACAAUGCAAAUAAGGAUAGGCAGUCGGGAUCUGUUUCUGAUUUUAAUACAAGUACUGAGUGAUUCACAUUCAAAAACUAGAAGUCAGGAUGUGUCUGAAUGCCAGGGCUUCAAAAUCAAUACAAUUCUGUAAAGUAAAAAAGAUAAACUAUUAGAACAAAGCUGAAAUUAGAAGCCUACAGUCUUCAGUUAAUGUCUAAGAAGAAUGUGCCUAUCUAUGGCAGAAGUGAAUCACUGUAUUUGUAAAUACUAGGUCACUAACCACUACUUUUAGCAUACCCACAUGGCUUUUCCUGGCAGUGAACCACAUAAUUGGAAAUUGGAACAAGUGUGUUCAGGCUGUUUCCGUUUUUUUUGUUUGUUUGUUUGUUUUUUAACCGAUAAAAAUAACUUGAGAAGACCCAUACCAAA